GUAUAAAUAUCUGUUCCUAUGGGUAAGGCUAAGAAGACUCGUAAGGUGGCAGUAGCUAAGAAGUUGAUUAAUCCUAAUGAUACUCGUCUAGUUAAGAAGACUGUUGGAAUGGAGAAGCAAGCAAAGAUGAAGCAGGAUAAUAAAGAUAUAAUAGUACCUAGAGUAUCGUCAGCUAUGUUCUUCCAAGCUAAUAAUAACCUCAAACCUCCCUAUCAAGUCCUGGUUGAUACCAACUUCUUUAAUUUCUCUAUACAGAAUAAGCUAGAUCCAAUGCAGGCUCUUAUGGACUGUUUAUUAGCUAAGGCAGUACCAUGUGUUACUGAUUGUGUUAUUGCAGAAAUGGAGAAGUUAGGACAUCGUUAUAGGUUGGCAUUACGAUUGGCUAAGGAUCCUCGAUUUACUAGACUUACUUGUGAUCAUAGUGGUACUUAUGCUGAUGAUUGUCUAGUUACAAGAGUACAACAACAUAGAUGCUAUAUAGUAGCUACUAAUGAUAGAGAUCUAAGACGUAGAUUAAGGAAGAUACCUGGUGUACCAAUAAUCAGAGUCCAACGUGGGAAGUAUGCAGUAGAGAGGAUGCCAGAGAGCAUAUCAGCAGUACCACUUAACAAGUCCAUACUAGCAUCCAAGAAGAAGAAGAAGUAAUAACGACAAGAAACGACCAUUACCUUACGUUUCUUG